AUGCCAGGUCAAAUAUUGAGCGUCCCAUUUAUCUCCCAGCUUGAAGAUAUGGAUAAGUAUUUGAUGGAAUAUCGGUCUCUGAAAUUGAUGCCACAAAAUGGGGUAAUUCCUUUACAGCAGCAACAGCAGGGUCAGUCUCAGCAACAGCAGUACAGGUACCAAAAUCGUGCUGGCGGUCAGGGGAUGUCUGGCCAGCAGCGUAAAAGGAUAAGCCACGGUUCCAAUAACAGCAGUGUUAAUCAUUAUGUUAGUGGGGCUGCUGUGGAUGCUGGCAACUGCAACAGUGGUGGUAAGCGUUUCCAAAUCGGUAACUUGCAAGCCAAGUAUGGAGCCCACCACCAUGGCCAUCACCAUCAUCAUCAUCACCACCAGCAGCAGCAGCAGCAACAGCAGCAAUUGAUUAAUCCAUUGCAAACGUCUUUUCAAAAGACUUAUCCACAGGUUUUCUACCCCAGUUCUUCAAAACCAAAUGGUAAUGGAAGCAAUAUUUCUUUGCCUUUGAUCGCUCAACAAACACCACAACCCGGGCAACAACAAAGCUUUUUGACUUCCAGCUCGUCUUCAGGCUCUACUUCGCCACCUAGAUUGCAAAGUUCUAUAAGUGGAGGAUCUACAAUUAACUCGUUAAGUAGUGACUUUGGUGACUAUAUUAUGCCAAGCGACUUCCAUAAGCAAUAUGAUAGUAUUGCUUAUGGACAGACUGCAAGUGGCAGCCCAGCCAUGAGCAACUUUAACAUGGUAUCUCCUUUUGUUCAGAGCAAUAGUCCUCCGAUCUCAAGUGCUGCAACUUCUAACGAUUUGAUGCAAGUAUUCCCAUCUUCUUUGCUGGGUGAUACAUCUUCUAGCGGCAAUGUCUCGUCUUUGAAUGGAUCCAGGUCUAUGGUGGCAUCCAUGUUCUCCUCUAACUCGUUUCCUUCUUCUUCCAAUCAAUCUACUUUUACGAUGUUGCCGGCUGCUAGUUCCACCUGGGGGAAUUCAACUGGUGUUUCCACUGCUGGUCCUACAACGGUUAAUCAGUCGAGCACCUCGUCUACUGCCUCAGGUUCUUUUGGUAUUUGGAAUAACGACAUGAGUGUCUGGGGUUAA